AAGUAAUUAAUUGAUGUAUUGAUUAAUGAUUAUUGGUUAAUGAUUUUUGAUGUUAUAACGAUAUUUUGUUCAAGAUUUUCUUGUUUUCUGGAUCUUGUAGAUCAUCGUGAUAACGAAACAAUAAACAGUUAACGUUGGAUAAGUUGAUAGUCUUAAAUUMAAUGUACAGCUAUGGGUUUUGACAUAGUACGUUUUGUUGGCGAAGUUGAUGAAGAGCUUCUCUGCCCCAUAUGUACUGGAGUGCUGCAGGACCCAGUCCAAGCACCAGCAUGUGAACAUGCAUUCUGCAAAGGUUGUAUUCUUGAAUGGCUACUAAGACAAUCCACAUGUCCAGUGGACAGACUUUCUGUCAAUGUUCUUCAGUUGCGACCAGUGCCACGAAUCCUAAAAAAUCUACUGAACAGGUUUGUAAUUACUUAUACUAUGUUGAGCCAGUUGUGCAUGUCAAUCUUUCACUUUUUAUGCUGUCCUAUACAAUUAAUAUUUAAAAUAUGGCAAUCAUUAAAGGGUUAUGUGCGAGCCUUGCGUGUAUGCAAUCCAAGUGUAAGGGCUGUAGCCGAUGAGUUAGAAAGAGAUGAAAUUGAACGCUGGUCAAGUUCUCUUCCUCAAGCUAGAGUUACUCGUUGGGGAGGAAUGAUUUCUACACCUGACGAAUACCUUCAAAACAACAUAAAACAAGCACUUAUUGAGAGUGGUUGUCCAGCUCAUAUCCUAGAUGAUCUYGUUAAAAACUGUCAUGAACGCAAUUGGCCAUCUGGACUGUCAAGCCUUGAAACAAGACAACACAACAGAAGGCACUAUGACCGAUACAAUUGCAAGCGUAUACCUGGAAAACAAGCRGUUAUUGUUUUACCUUGUGAUAAUAUUAUGGUUAGUGACGAUAUGAUGUCUGAACCCGGUCUCAUUAUGAUUUUUGCUCAUGGAAUCGAAUAAACUAUAGUUUCUUCUACUGUUAAUAACUAAUUUAUUUUUUUUAAAUCCUACUUUUUUAUUUUUAAAUGUCAAAAAAAUUAAUUAUGGUUGCAUUUCGUAACAACAAUGAACCAUCGUGAUAAAUCAUAURUACCAUAAAUCUAUUAAAGAUCAAUAGAUCACUCAUGUAUCAUCCGCUUAAAAUUGUAAUUUUAGAAACGUUUAUUUUUUCAACAAAACAAUUCAAGAAUAUAAUUUUUUACUAUACUAAAAA